GUUCUCAUGAGCUCUUUGCCGUGGCCGUGCAAAAUCGAUGGACACAAUUCUUAAGAGGUCGAGCUUCCGAGAGAGGACGGAAACAGGGAGGUAAUGGCUGCCGUUUCUUUGGGUUCCUUGUCUCUUCCUCCUCUCAAGUACCAGAAGGUAGCAGUGUGUUGUUCAUAUGUUAAUGGCAGCGUUAGACCGAUCACAGUCAGUGGAAAUCCUCCGACUUUUGUCUCUGCAUCAGGUCGUCGGAUAGUUGCUGUGGGUGAUUUGCAUGGGGAUCUUUCAAAAACAAGACGUGCUCUUGAAAUGGCUGGAGUCUUGAGCUCAGAUGGCCAAGAUCUAUGGAUAGGUGGAGAGACGGUAUUAGUUCAACUUGGAGACAUCCUUGAUCGAGGUGAAGAUGAAAUUGCUAUCUUAUCAUUAUUGAGAUCACUUGAUAUUCAAGCUAAGUCCACUGGCGGUGCUGUCUUUCAGGUAAAUGGAAAUCAUGAAACCAUGAAUGUAGAAGGUGAUUUCAGAUAUGUUGAUCCAGGAGCAUUUGAUGAGUGCAUAGACUUCCUAGAUUACUUGGAUGAAUACAAAGGUCACUGGGAUGAUGCUUUUAUUGGCUGGAUCAGGGCUACUAAAUGGUGGAAAAAGAAAAGGACAUCUGAGAGUUAUUGGACCCGUUGGAAUUUUCUAAAGGUUUCUGCACUAUGUUCAUAUUGCACAUCUGUUUCACUUGCUUUAGCAAUAUUUCCUAAAAUAUUAGGACAGAGGCAGCAGGCUGUUAUUGCAAGAUCUUCACUUUUGAGGCCAGGUGGUCCACUGGCUUGUGAACUGGGACGCCAUUCUGUGGUUCUUAAAGUUGAUGACUGGAUCUUUUGUCAUGGUGGCCUUCUUCCUCAUCAUGUUGCAUAUGGUUUGGAGAGGAUGAACAAAGAAGUAUCAUUUUGGAUGAGAGACUUUAGUGAAAGUAGUGAUAGUCCGGCAGUUCCUUUCAUAGCUACCAGAGGUUAUGAUAGUAUUGUUUGGAAUCGUCUGUAUUCAAGAGAUUCAGCAGAUGCUAAGUACCAAAUUUUGCAGAUAUCCUCUAUUCUGGAAGAAACAUUGCAAGCUGUAGGAGCAAAGGGAAUGGUGGUUGGCCAUACUCCACAAUUUAAUGGUGUUAACAGCAAAUAUAAUGAAAGAAUAUGGUGUAUUGAUGUGGGCAUGUCUAGUGGAGUUCUUAAUUCAAGACCAGAGGUUUUGGAAAUUGUGGAUGAUAAAGCAAGGGUUAUAAGCACAACCAAAAUGACUUGUUUGAAGUCAUGAACUAUCUCUAAAAUUUCCAGUAUGACCAAAAAGGGCAUACAUGACAGAAGACUCUACACACCUUUACGAACACAACGGUUGAUGAAUGCAUGGCCGUGAAAGGAACAAAAAAUCAACUCUUCAAAUAGGUUGUCCAGUUUAUACCCUCAACCUAUUAAAAACGUUGUAUAUUUUGUUUAUGGUCAAAUUGUAUAAAUAUGCACGAACGAAAGCAAAUUGUUAAACUUCAGCAAGUCGUUAUGCUCCAAAAGGAAAGAAUGGUUUUUUUUUUUUUUCAA